ACAUGGCUGAAAGAUAAUGCAUAGAAAAUUAGAAAUCAUGACUGCAUUAUUAGCAUGAUAUGCCGAUACUUACCUCACCGGCAUUGACUGUAAUGAUAUGAGGUGUUAAGUUAGCCCCACACUACUACAAAAUAUGGUAUUUCUAGACGCCAACAUCUCGACGCUGCCAAUGAAGGGCUGGGGGAAAUUUGGUAUCCCGUGUUUUGUCGACGUCUAAAGUCGUCCUACUUAUUUCUCGUCCAAAAAACGCGUCGAGAGGGGUAGAAAUCAGUCACUGGCAAGUCACGUGUUGCAUCAUUAGCCAUCAAUGUUCAAUGCUUUGGGAGAAAAUAAUACCCCACUCCUUCCGUAACAACCAACCUUAGCCGCCCCAUUCCCAUUCCCAUUUUCUCUCACAUCUCUCCUCUCUAGAAACUGAAAAAGAUCUUAUCUUUCUCAUCUCAAAUUGCCUCUACUUGUAAUUCAUCAAAGAGAAAUGUCACCGACUCAAAUCGCAACAUAGAAUGUUAUCUGAUUUAGAGGAAAGGCUUCAAUGUAGAUCUAAACGGCAAUGUUAUGUCUCAAACACAAGGGAUUUAUGCAGCUAGCUUCUAUUUUUUAGGGAUUUAUGCAGCUAGCUUCUAUUCAUAAUGGACAUCGAUACAUGCUUCGAAUGGCUAUGGAGUACGGACGGAGGUAGAAUAUCGAGACUGUUCUGUUCUAGAUUGAUGGCAAUUCAGCUCUAAUCUAUGGCUUGAGGAAAUUCAAGGUUGUAUGUGCUCAUUCAUGAACCUUUUGUUAAUCUAUUUUCUUUGUUUUUUGUUAUAUAAUAGUAACUCAUGAGCUGGUGUUAUAGACAUUCCUCCUGGUGGACUCUCAAUAGAGAUUUAUUGCUCCCUUAAUCAGUCUAGAUCGAUCAGAUAAUUAGGUUUGAUAAUUUUAUUUUUUUUACAUUUUCACAGUUCUGUUUAAAAUUUAUCUCAUUCUAGUGAUAUUCUUUCUCGUAUUUUGUUCUACUUUUCCCUUGAAAUAAAAUUCCGACAGUUAGUGUAUCAAGGCCUAACACUCGGGGUCUUAUCACUCGUACCAUCAGGAUAUCAAAUUCUGCUCCAAUGAUAACCCUCAUGAUUCUUAUCAAUAUUGCUUUCCUUGGAAAAUUUGUUCAACUUGUAGGCCAAGUUCGUACAGGAAGUUCUUCAAAAGAAUCUCUAGAUUGUGCACAACAAAAAUAGUUUUUUGUGUCUUGGUAAUGGCACACAAAAGGAGACAGAGGCAGAGGCUAAAUUACAUGGAAGCGAUGAAACUGGAAAUUGAACGCCUCCGCUUAAAUCUUUCUGCUGCUGAGCGAGAUAAGGCUCUAUUGGCAGUUGGCACAGAUCCUGCUUCUAUAAAUCCGAAUCUGUUGCUGGAUGAUCUACAUAUGAUAAGAUUGUGCAGGAUCACAACUAGUCUUGCAAUGGUGGGACAAGCAACUAUUGAAGACAAAAUUACUAAAUCAAUUGUCCUUGAGAAAAAUGACGAUGAUGUCAUUGAUUUCUGGAAUGUUUCUGGUUUUAGACAGAGUUGUGCUGGCGGUGUGUGUGAGGUACAUGCUGAAAAUGGGGAGGCGGUGCAAAUAUCUACCGUGAAAUCAUCAGCAGAUUCCUCAAGCUCUUUGUUGUGUUCUUAUUGUGGGAGAAACGUUUGUCAAAUAUAUUGUGCUGGAAGGGGAGCAUCUCUGCUUGCAAGUUAUAGUACAAGGGGUUCUUUAAACUCUAAUGGUGGACAAGGCCAUAGUGGCUCAAGCCAUGGAAGCCAAGCUGACAUCUAUACUAAUAACAACUAUGUCACAUCAAAUGGGGUCAUCUGUAAAGAGUGCUGCAGUGAUGUUGUGCUGUGCUGAAUGCAUUGGUACUGGAUUAUGCCAGGGCCUUGUUAAGCUCCAGAAGAACCACUCGUGUUGGUGUUGCUGCUUUUACAGCUUUGGAUAAAGUACUUGAAUUUUCCUUGAAUGCUUAAACUAGUAAAAGGUGUAUACCUUAGCUAAAUUCCCAUUUGUCAGCCUUUUGUACUCGGUCAAUUAUUUUCUAUUUUGAUCACUCCCAAAUAAUGUUUUAUUUGAGUGUCUUUAACUACACUUCUUUAAAUGAUAUGCUUUACGCGGUA